GACCUUUGGAACAUACAGCUCGUCGCCGCCGAGUUGGGUAUGGUGUGCGACGUCAGCCGCGAGGUACUCCAAGAUGUUUUGAAAGAUUUCCCUGCAGACAAAGAGCUGCUCAAUCCGUAUUUGUCUCAGCCGCCCCACGUGCACCUACUCACGUCUGAGCGCAUGCUCCAGAGCCCCAUCUUCGCACAGCUUUCCGAAUCUGCUUGGGAGAUCUUUCGGGACAACAUGGUCCGGCGUAUCUUUUUCCCUGGCGAGACGAUUUUGGCCGAAGAGUCCAACCAGAAGUAUCUGGUGCUUCUGGCGCGUGGGGCCGCAAGCAUCGAGAUUGCAGGCCGUACAAUUCGCGUCGAGCGCAGGGGCGAGUCUCUUAGAGGCCUGUCCCAGCGCGAGGGAGUGGCGAUGGAGCUGGAUGCAAACAGCUCGGAGGAUGCGGUGCAUCCUGCUGUCCUCGGUGACGCAGAGUUCUUGGGCCUGAAUGACAUCCGUGUCUGUUCGGUCAAAGCCGAUGCAGAAUGCCACUGUUGGCUCAUUCCUGCCCCGGUCCUGGCCAAAGCGUUUGCCAAUGGUGAGAACGAGAGUCUCCUGAGGGAUCUGCUCGCUCUCCGUGCAGAUCGAGGCAGGGUGGACAGUGGAAAGCUUAGCGUCCUCAGCAUUUUUGAUGAGGCUGGCUGCAGCUUUGACUUCCUCCGAUACCUCCAAACUCACUUUGAGGGCCGCAUCUUUGUUCAAGGCAAGACCAUUUGCGACUUCGAGAUUCCCAUGGGCACCCGCGUGAUGCACAUCGUCACCAGCGGCUACGCUGCUUCCGUAGGUGAGACAGAGCAGACUCGCACGCUGGCAGCCAACACUGUCUUCGGAAUGAUGAGUGCCCUUGGGGUGGCGCCACGCCCCGCUAAAGUGAAGAAGGUGGUGGCAGUGAAGCAUUGCUACUGCCAGCUGCUACACCAAGCGGUGGUGGUUCGGGCUCUGGAGCUUUUCCCGGACCAGCGAAUGAAGGUGCUGACACUCUCCAAUGGUGGUCAGGAGACAGACACGGCGGAUCUGAUCGAGCGAAUUCAGAAUUCGCCCUUCUUCGCGAAUACAAACCCGGAUUUCGUCAUGGAGCUGGCGAAUGCAGCAGUAGACCGGAUCUUCAUGCCUGGUGAUCUGGUGGUCAAUGAAGGCGAGGUCGGCAACUCCAUGUUUAUCUUGCUCAACGGAUCCGCAGAUGUUUAUGUCAGCGACAAGAGCAAGGACAAACAGGAGAAGGGGCAAGUAGCCAAGAAACAUGACACUCAGAUCAAGCAGAUGAUCCGUGUUGGGCACUUGAACUCGGGGGCCAUCGCAGGCGAGCUGGCCAUGCUUGGAAUAUCGCAGACUCGCUCGGCAAGUAUUCAGGCCUCGACGCUCUGCGUAUUUUGGGAAGUGACCCAGGAGAGAGCCAUGAAUAUCCUCGACCGGUUUCCGGAAGAGCGCCAGCUGUUCAGCAACGUUAUCGUGCAAAACCUGGAUUUUACUGUGACGGGCCGGCUCAUGAAUCUCAACCUCUUCAAGGGUUUUGACCGCAAGUUCCGGAAUUUGCUGGCCCUCUACUGCGAGCGACAUGCUUUUUUCCCGGACCAUGCGGCCACGCGAGAGGGUGAGAAUGGGGACAAGCUGUGGAUCAUGAACUCUGGCCCAGCACAGCUGCAGAAACGAGGUUUCAAGGUCAAACUCUACACUCCGGGCACCUACUUUGGCAGCGACAACAUGCUUGGGAUUUCUCGUGCCUACAUCGGCAGCCUGGUGGCCAUGACCGUUUGCCACAUGCUCUCCCUCUCACGUGCCUCCUACCUCCAUGCCCUUGAGCAGUACCCUUCGAAGACCGCACACCAACGCCUGGUGAAGGAGCAAAAGAAGCAGACUGCGGAGCUCAAAGACAUGCUGGAAAGGGUGGCCAUCCGCAAAGGUGUGUGGCAGAGGUAUCAGGGCGAGCUUGCAGGAGGUGGCGUUUCCAACCUCAGCGACAACGAGCUGGUGCGGCGGCUCGUAAAGGCCUGGUACGAUCACGUUCGCAUCGUCAGGGACAAGCGGUUGCAUGACACGAUGAAUCAUCAAGAGAUGUUGUCCAGAAUCGCAGGUUGGAAGCAGAAGCAAGAUGAUGCCAAGAAGCGCAUCGAGCACAAGACGAAGAUGAAGGCGCUCAUCAAGCGCAAUUUGCUCGAGAGGGGGCCACUGCAGCAUCUUGAGGAGCAGAAGCCAAGAAAUCCGCUCCUGCAGUCGACCUACGAUGCCAUCCAGGACACCGAGCCCUGGGCGGAGGUCACAUGGCCCCGCUCGGCACAGCAAAUUGAGCUGCUCAAGGCGGCCUUGUAG